CGCCUAGACGCACGCAUCGGUGCCGAGAUCGAUAUGGCUCGACGACACGUACUGCGCACAGCUCUCGUGAUCAGCAGCACUGCAGGAUUCCAACGCCUCACGCGCCCGCUAUGCAGCAGACGAGCCGUGCGCCCACCAGCGGCCGCCAGAGACGGCGACGACGCGAAACCGCUGGACUACUACAAAGGAAUGAUAACGUCGAAGCCCACUGCGGACGACGGCGAUAAGGACAUGCUCACGCCGACUUUGAAGCUCGCCGGCGGCGCGUCAGCGCUCCUCGUCGCAUUGCUCGCGGCAUUUUUCGCGGUGAACAUGGACGUACCACCGGCGAACGCCAUCGACACUCUUGAUGGGCGCACGUUCGAGCCGCGUGGUGUGACACCCCUCGAUACGGGCGUGUUUGUGAUUGGUUGUAUCCCGUUCCUAUGGGCGACGUGGGAGUUCUGGCGGCGCAUCGCCGUCGGUGCGAGUUUUGGCACGGGCAAGGACGCCGUCGUCUUCGACACGGGCGACGACGCCGACGACGAUCAAAUCCGGAGGUUCGGCGGCCGCCGCGUCCUCGGAAAAGGAGCGCUCGCCGUGGCGUAUGUGCUCUUCGCGGCGGCGGGCGGGAGCGUGCUGCUCGCCGUCUACGCGGCCCUGAAUGUCUGA